GGCUGGAGAAUUUGGGUUUGAGCCCAAAGCACCCCAAAAAAGAGAACUGGUACAGGUAGCCACCGAGCAGCGCCGCCGCAUCGCCGCUCUCGACGUCGCCCCCUUCCCGAUUCGAUUCCGCCUUGCCGGCGGCUAGGGUUUCUCGGCUCCUGCUCCUCUCCACUCCCCUACCAUGGCGGACGAAGCCAACCGAGCGGCUUUCGUGGAGCUGCAGGGUCGGAUGAUCGACACCACCGGGAAGAUCAAGCAGUUGCAAACUCAGAUGCGCUCUAAAGAGGGUGAAAAGAAGCGUGCUUACCUCACACUGGAGGAACUUCGCCAAUUGCCAGAUAAUACAAACACUUACAAGACUGUUGGUAAAGUAUUUAUUUUGGAGCCAAAAUCACUCCUGCUGAAUGAGCAAGAACAAAAGCUUAAUGACAGUGAAAGUGCAAUAGCAUCGAUGCAGACUUCCAAGGAAUAUCUUGAGAAGCAGUUGGCAGAAGUGGAGAACAACAUAAGAGAGCUACUUCAGCAGGACCCUGGGCUGGCACGCCAGAUCCUAUCAAUGACAGUUCAGUGAAAAGUAGUCUUUUUCUAUCUUUGUGAGUUUAUUUUGUCGAAUGCAAUGCUAGAAUUUGUUAAUUCGACACAACUUGCUUUUGCUCCUCCUGUUAUGUCUCUGGUGCUUCGCUGUAAUCGGAUAGUGUAUAUCUGCAUUCUAUAUGAUGGAAUUUGUUAGCUGAUGGGGUGAACAAUCCUUGGCCUUGCCUUAAAUCUACUAGGGGUCCAAUUUGUCAUGUAUUGUGGGAAUCUUUUAGGCAGUAAAGUGACUACAUUUCAUA